AAUUGUUUGCUGGCAAGGUCGUAAUCUUUGACCUGACCUGAUACUUCACAUUCGUCCUGCAUGCAGGCCUCGUGCUGGUAAACAUCCUCAUCGAAUAUUGUAUAGAAUGACGGAGAAGAAGCAGAAACAUGUUGCCAUCUGCGGAGGAGGACUCGUGGGUUCUCUCUGUGCUUGCUUCAUGGCUAGAAGAGGCUACAAGGUGGAGCUCUUUGAAAUGAGGCCAGAUAUUCGAACACAAAAGGUGGUGCAUGGCCGUAGCAUCAACCUGGCCUUGUCUGUCAGAGGCCGUGAGGCACUGAACUCUGUGGGGUUGGAGGAGGCUAUCAUUAAACAUGGUGUUCCCAUGUAUGCUCGCAUGAUUCAUGAUCUUGACGGCAGACGCAGGCCUAUUCCUUAUGGCAAAGGGAAUCAGCAUAUCAUGUCUGUGGAUAGACGCCUGCUAAAUGAACUGCUUUUGAAUGAAGCAGAGAGACAUCCAAAUGUGACAACCUACUUCUGCCACAAAGUCCAAAAGUGCAAUUUUGAAACUGGCGAGGUUGUGUUUCUCAAAGAUGGAAAGGAAGAAGUACGCAGAAAAGUUGACCUAAUUGUUGGAAGUGACGGAGCUCACUCAGCAGUUCGACAGCAGAUGAUGAAGUCUGUCCGUUUCGACUUUCAGCAAGAGUACAUUCCCCAUGGCUACAUGGAGCUCACCAUUCCACCUACCACAAGUGGUGAUUUUGCUAUGGAAGUGAAUUACCUUCACAUAUGGCCAAGAAAUGAGUUCAUGAUGAUCGCACUACCCAAUGAAGAUCGGUCCUACACCACCACACUGUUUAUGCCAUUCGAGAUGUUUGAAGCCAUCAAGACAGAAGACCAGCUGAUGGACUUAUUCCACAAAUACUACCCAGACUCACUGCCUUUGCUGGGAGAGGAAAAUUUGAAGAAAAUCUUCUUCAGCACAAAAGCUUCUCCAUUGCUUACUGUGAAGUGCUCUCCGUACCACGUGGGAGACAAGGCCGUCCUCAUAGGGGAUGCUGCUCAUGCUAUGGUGCCUUUCUAUGGUCAAGGCAUGAACUGUGGGUUUGAAGACUGCUUGGUGCUUACUGACAUUCUUGACAAGUAUGGAGAUGACUUCUCACAAGCCCUGCCUGCAUAUACAAAGUUCAGAAAUCCAGAUGCCAAAGCCAUUUGUGACCUUGCUAUGUAUAACUAUACCGAAAUGCGGGCCUUAGUCAACACAAAGUCAUUUCUGUUGCGGAAGAUGCUUGACAGAAUCUUGAACACUGUGUUUCCGAAUGCUUGGGUUCCUCUGUAUACUAUGGUGACCUUUAGUCGCACCCGCUAUCAUGAAUGUGUGGCCCGCCGCGCCUGGCAGGACAAGGUAUUGCAUAGAUUGGGCAUCACAAUCAGCUGGACUGCCAUGAUUGGAGUGGGUCUGGCCCUUUGGACUCACCUGGCAGCCAGACAUGGAGGACCUUCUCCUCUGGACAUUGUGCAUAAGUGGUCCACCAAUAUUGAACUAUAAUUUAACUCGUUCUAGUUUUUGUUUUGUCUGCAACCUGCAUGUGUCUGAGAUUAUGUUAACAGAAUCUGAAAUCUUAUUGCCAGGUGUAAAUGAAGUGUCCUUAUGAGUGUAUGUGUGUGCAUACUUAAUUUCUAAUGUGUUUGUGGGUAAUCUUCAUGCUUAAAUGUAACAAAGAGCUGAAAAUCUCACUCUUAUUACUGAAAAAAUGUUGAAGGUAAAGAUAAAGGUCCCUUUUUCAGGGUAUUAGGGAUUGAGGUGUUACAGACCUCACUGUCCUUGGGCCAGUUGUACAUGAUGGCGGUGCCCCUCUCUCCCUUGCUACCUUACCUUCCCCAUUCCUUUGUAGACUCAGGUACACAUUCUUUGACAGCUAGGUUGACUGGGGAAGUGAGCUGCAUUACACAGGUAUUAAGCCUGUGCACCUCUCAAUCCAGAUGCCAGCGCUUUAACCACUCAGCUGUCCGUUUCUCUACUUUUGUUACUGAUGUAAAAUUGAAACAGAAGAAUUGCAAAACAUUGUUCAUGCCAGAUAUAGACUGGAUAAAUAAGGAUGUGAUGACCUGGAAAUGAGAAAACUCAUACAUCACCUGUUGACAAGAAUCUGGAAAGGAUGCCCUGUGAUGUCAUUACAGAUGCUGUUGUAUAUUAAAUAUAACUUCAGUUUCAGAUGCUAGUUGCAAUUUGCUUUUUCAGUGUUUAUGUACAGUUAACUCUUUAUCUUGCCACCUAAAGGAGCUUGCCUAAACCUUCCUCUUCCUCAUACUUUGUGAUUUAAUGAAUUUCCUCCAGAGUUAUCCUCAUUUAAGGAUCAUAUAUUCUUUUUGUAUCACCACACUUGCUUGUUGCUCAACAUUUUGCCCAACAUGACAACAAUAUAAUGAGUUAGGGACUGUUCUUGAGUGCCUUUAGGACAUUUUUCCUGUCGAGGGGUCGGCCUGCAAGUAUUGGAAUUACUUUUACAGAGGUUAUUUCUGCUACGUUCCUUUCCUGAAUUAGGACUGAGGGACGAUUGGUACCGACUAACUCCUGUUGCGGCGAACAUGGACGACUCAGCUCUCCUAGCCAUGUUUCUAUUUGGGUGAGCUUUGCCGAUACUUUUCGGAGCUUGCAAUCAUUUCUUGCGUCGAGGAAAAAUCACGCUCGCGCAAAUAUGUGGCCAAUCUUUGGCAACACUCUGUAAGAUUUGCUCUCUUAACAUUAGACCGAGAAGUGCCUCAUGUCGUUUCAAUUCCCGCCAGCCCUGUCCACCGAUUAGCGAGUCCAGACAAACGAGAAAAGAAAGCGGACAUGGACUCCUGCGGUUCGGGUCGGACGGAUCGAAAUCGUUCCCGAAAUCCCUCCACGGUACACUGAUAUAAGUUAGGGACUGUUCUUGAGUGCCUUUAGGACAUUUUUCAAAUGUAUGUUACAGGUUAAUAUGGUGCGUUGUAAAGACUUGUUCUAAUAAGUGGCUUUUUGGAGCUUACAUUGUAUGUGCAUAUGCAUUCUUAAUUUUGCCAGUUUAAUAUGGUAAUUGGUCUGUGCUUCAGAUCUCAUGUCAAUGUGUAACUGUCUUAAUAGUUGACCAUUCACAGUGUAUUCUCUCCCCUGUUCUGUAAUCUCAGCAAAGCUACCAUUUUAGCUCCAUUAAAUGGAGUGCCUUUUAAUAUUUGUAAUCUUGGUGAUGGCACAUGUUAAUGCUAAUGAAAGCAAGUCAUUCAAUGUAACAGAAAUUAAACAGUAUUAUUGUAUCAACAUGUAUCUUUAAAAAUAUGGAAAAACCACAGGUAUAUAAUUUGUUUUCCCCAGUCCAAUCAGUAUUCAUGAUUUUGUUUCUGAAUCUCCAUGUUUUUGAGUUGAAUGCAUACUUGUGGUUCCUUAGCAGUUUGUCUCUCUCUGUUUCUGUUAUUAUCUGUUUGUCUUUCUCACACCAGUCUGAAACAUUCAGGUAGUGUUCGUUGGACAGCCUUUCUUUACACUUCAAUCAAAUGGAGUCCAGUCUAUACAAGUUCAAAGAACAUCUACCUCAAAGCUUUUGACCACUUACAGAGGCUAACCAUUCAACUUAAACAUAUAUUACUAACAGAUAUUACUAACAUUGACAAAAUGAAUAUAUACCUCAUGUUACUUAUUCAGACAGCAAUCCUCAUCUUUGCACCUAUACUAAUUUUUCUCUUUUGUGAUUUUAAUGCCUUUGUUUUGUAGUAAUGUAGUGUUUCAGUUUCUUUUACUUGAAUCGAGGGCUCAAUGUUAAAAAAAGCAUAACUUUUGCUUAAGUUACCUUCAUGAAUA